UACACUAGGGUGAAAACCGAUCCGUAAAAGAACGCAACUCUUGCUUUAACCAGUCGUUGCCUUUGGCAAGGAUAGCAACAUGACGCACUCCCAACUUGUCGCCCUUCUCCUGUUAAUAGCCGGUAGCUACUCUGUUCAAGCUUGUUCAGUACCCAACUGGGAGGAGAUGACAGUGGCACAGCAGACACAAGAGGCGAACAUUGCUGUCUAUGGUUAUGUAACCGCACAUUACCCGAUGCUUGACGAACCAGCUGAUACCGCGGCAUACACCGCAACUAUGGACGUAAUCUGCGUCUUUAAAGGUGGAGAUCUGCCUCCAAUAAUCAACAUCACAGAAGCAGGACAGUUAACGUCUUGCCAUCACACGGAGUUACCUCUCGACCAAGAGUUCUUCGUCCUCCUGAAGAUGGAUCAGAACGGUGUCUUCACACCCGACGAAGUGAAUUAUCUAUCGGUUGCGUUCGAGGCCAAUAAUUGGAACUUCAAGCAAGUUGUCGAUGGAGUUGGUGGAGAUAUUGAUACGGAGUGCCCGCAGUGGGAGGGUGGUCGCAGGGGAGCGGCGGGAACUUUGCAUUUUAACGGUUAUUUAAAAAUUCUCAUGCCAAUCGUAGUCUGGUACUCCACUCGGAGCCUUAAGAGCGUCGAUAAUUAGACAUUAAAGUGCACUAAUAUUAAUUUCAUUUACACAUUUAUUUUUAUUGCUGCCCGUACGGUUACACAUGUUAACAAAGUUCACAAUGAUUUAGACACUUAAAGAUAUUUUUAAAGAAGCUGAAAUUACGACAACAAUUAGGUUAAGGCAGAGGCUUUUUUUAACCUAUUGACAGACAAACAACAGAAAGUACUAUACAGAAGACAGAAAACGGAUACACAAGACAGACUAGACUUCCCGAUAAAGGGAAGGUUAUAGUCACCUGGAAAUAGAAUUUUUUCUUUUUCACAAACAUUAGAGUAUAAUUAUGUUCCUGAACAAUAAAAUAAU